UUUGUGAUUAACAGACAAACCCCGGAAAAUGUUGAACUGUGCAUAAAAUUACAAAGGAGGGAAAAAAAGAAAGAAAGGAAGGUACUGGAUUUUUUAAAACAUCCAAAUCGAGAAUCCAUGGUGAUUUGAAUGAACCUCAAACUAGAUUUUGUAAUAUCAGAGCUAUAAUUGGUGGUGGUAUUGAACAUGAUUUGAUUUUCCAAAUAGAGAAAUCAAGCUACUGGUUUUUGGCAACUCAUGUUUAAUCUACUUUACAAAACAUGCAGAAACUUAUUCUCCUUACCCUAAUCUCAUUCCUUCAUUGGUUAUGGCACACAUUUGUUUUACUACAAUUCCAUUGUUUUGAUUUUGAUUUUGAUUUGAGUGCGACAAGAAAGAGGUUAGAUACAUAUGAAAAUCAUGGUGUUAAGUCUGAUAGAAAGAUUAUCAUCACAUGUAUCCUACAAUGUCAUCUCUUGCCUAUCUGAAUCUCAAUGUCAGAGCACUCUGUAAAGAGAGUUGCUUGAAGAAUGCAACACAUUUUCUGCUGACCACACUCAAUACACAUGUUUACUCUGCUCCAUAUAUUCAUCUAUUGCAGAUCUUCAUUGCUAAGAAAUUCUUUUCAGAGGGUAAACAAAUCCAUUCCUACAUUACUGAGAGGGGAUUCACAUUCACCAUCGACACAUUUUUACAAAAUAGACUUCUUAACAUGUAUGACAAAUGUGGAAGUUUGGCUGAUACUUCCAAAGUUUUCGACCACAUGAUUGAACCAGACGUCUUCUCAUGGAAUAUGAUAAUUGCAGCUCACAAAAGCCAUGGGUUUCUUCAAGAGGCAUUGGCAUUGUUUAACCAAAUGCAACGAACAGGUAUCCAACUCAACGAAUUUACCUUUUCAACUGUUCUCCCUGUAUGUGCCAAUGAAGAUUCUAUAAGACACAGUUUGCAGAUUCAUGGAAAAGUUAUUAGAUGUGGAUUCCAAUCCAAUGUUGUCGUGAUGAAUACGCUAAUAGAUAUAUAUGCAAAAUUUGGAAAUAUGCACAAGGCAGGCCAACUGUUUGAUAAAAUGCCUAAGCGAGACGUGGUCUCAUGGGCUGCAGUCCUUGCUGGAUAUAAACGAAAUGGAUUUAUUGAAAAAUCCUUGGAGGUUUUUAAACUAAUGCAGUUGGCAGGCUUAACACCCAACUCGGCAACCUUUGCUAGCAUGCUCCCAGUGUGUGCCAAAUUGGGAGCCUUGGAACAGGGUAUCGAUAUCCAUAGAAAAAUAAUUGAAAAUGGAUUGAUGUCAGAUGUUGCUGUUAUGACCUCCCUGAUAGACCUGUAUGCCAAAUGUGGUCGGAUAGCUAAGGCGCGUCAGUUGUUUGACAACAUGCAUAAUGCAGACGUCGUCUCAUGGAAUGCUAUGAUUACAGGAUAUUCACAAAAUGGUGUUCCUGACGAGGCUUUAAAGCUUUUAAAAGAAAUGCCUCAAUCAAAUGUAGUGUCUUGGACUGCAAUCAUAUCUGGAUAUGCACAAAAUGGGCUUUCUGAAAAAGCCUUGGAGAUUUUUAAGCAAAUGCAAUUUUUAAGUGUAAAUCCAAAAUCUACAACUUUCGUCAGUGCCCUAACUGCCUGCGGAAAAAUAGGAAGUGUAGAGCAGGGUAUGGAAAUCCAUCAAAAAAUAAUUGAGCGGGGGAUUUUGUGGGAUGUUGUAGUUAUGACUGCCUUGAUAGACAUGUAUGCCAAAUGUGGAAGACUACAGAAGGCACAUGAACUGUUUGACAAAAUGCCUCAACGAGAUGUGGCCUCAUGGACUGCAGUCAUCUCUGGAUAUGCACAAGAUGGGCUUCCUAGCAAAGCCUUAGAGAUUUUUAAACAAAUGCAAUUGGCAGGUGUAAAGCCAGACUCAUUAAUCUUUGUCAGCGUCCUCCCAGCUUGUGCUAAAGUUGGAGCUUUGGAGUGGGGUAUGGAAAUCCAUGAAAGAAUUAUUGAAAGCUUAUUUUUGUGUGAUGUGGUUGUGACUGCCCUAAUAGACAUGUAUGCAAAAUGUGGUAGCAUACAGAAGGCACGCGAGUUGUUUGAUAACAUGCAUCGUCCAGAUUUGGCUUCAUGGAAUGCAAUGAUUGCAGGAUAUGCGAUGCAUGGAUAUAUCAAAGAUGCCCUAAGACUCUUUGAACUAAUGAGACACUUUCAAACUAAGCCAGACCGUGUAAGCUUACUUCAUGUUUUAUUUGCAUGCAGCCAUGCAGGUUUAGUAGAUGAGGGCUGUAGAUACUUGAAUAGCAUGAGUGACUCUUAUCGCAUUAUGCCUACAAUAGAUCACUACAUAUGCUUGGUUGACCUUCUUGGCCGUGCUGGUCAUCUGGAGGAAUCUCUAAACUUUGUUAUCAAAAUGCCAGUGAAACCUGAUAUGGUUGUGUGGAUGUGUUUACUUAGUGCUUGUAGAUCACACAAGGAUGUAGGUCUAGGAGGAUUUGUUGGAAAACACCUCUUCGAUUUGGAUCCUCAAAAUGCUGCACCUUGUGUUCUUCUUUCAAAUCUUUAUGCAGAAUUAGGCAGAUGGGGUGAUGUUCAAAAGGUGAGAAGAUUGAUGAAAAAUAAAGGCAUUAAAAAGACACCUGGGUUUAGUUGGAUUUAAGUACAUAAACUGGUGCAUGCUUAUUGUGUAGGAGACAACAAAGAGAGAUAUGGAAUGUCGGAAAAAUUCUGUAGGGAGAUGAAGGCAGCUGUAUGUAUCCCAGACACAAGACCUGUUUUGAAUGAUGCAGAGAAGGAGAAGGAAUCAAUCCUUUACGACAGUGUAAUCUGGGUUGUUAAACUUUUCCCUGGGACAGCCAUUACAGUUGUGAGAACUGUUUGUGGUGACUGCCCAACUGCAACCAAAUUUAUUCUGUUAAAUUUUGUUGCAAUAGAAAUAGUUCCGAGAGAUGCAUACGGUUCCAAGCAUUUCAAAACAGGCAAUGUUCUUGUGGAGGCUGUUAGUGAUCUUAAGUGAAGAAAGCCACAAUACAGGUUGCACUAUAACAAGUUGUGUGGUAUCUAGUAAGAAGGAAGCUGGCAAAUCUCUGGUACUGAAAAGACAGAGAAACAGAAGAAUGAAAAAUUUGAAAGGAGAGUAAUGCUUGAAGGAAAUGGAAUUCUGCCUUGCCAAGGAGAGGAAUGCUUGAAGGAAAUGGAAUUCUGCCUUGCCAGCAUGAAAUGGGAGAGGUCUUACAAUCAAGCCAUUGCUUGUGUAGGAUGAUGAAAGCAUCUCUUCAUCACUAUUUAAUCCUUCAUGUGCUGAUUAAUUCCAUCAUCUUCUACCUAUGUCAAGUCUUCCACUGAGGCCUAGAUUACAUGUCCCAAAUUGUAUGUGCAAAUUUACUUUUGUGCAGGUGGAUUUUGAGCUCUACAUGAUAAUGGAAUAUCAAGCACAUCUUGCUUUCAAUUAGAACCAUUCCCCUGGCAGGUUAACUGCUAAACACUGUUAUUUAAAUGUGGUUAAUGGAAUUCCUAAUGGAAGUGAAAAAUCACAACCCUUGGGUAGGUUAACUAUUGAAUGCUAUUGUUUGAAUCUGGUUACUAGAAUUCCUGAGUGGAGAGAACUGAGAAAACCAUGAUGGUUUUUGUCGCGUUCAAAGACAAUUUUUUUGUAUGAGGGUUAACCAUCCGAUGAUCAAUUUUUUCAACAUG